AUGGCUAAAAACAGGGAUAACAAUAAUGAACAAUGGACCCAUUUUGGGGAUGUAGCUAUUGGAAAUGGGGUGGCAAGGCACUUCCUGAGCCUGGUCAUCCACAAGCUCAAGCAUGGCUUUGCUAUCGAUGUUGGACGGUCUAGGGUGAGGGUGCGUCAUCCAAAAGCAUUAAGCCUUCACAAACUCUUAUCUUUUAAGGUUUUUGGACGGAUUAAAGAACAGCUGAAGCAGAUCAAGCAAGGUCUGAAAGAGACCUAUGUUCUGGACUUGUUGGAGGCAAGACCUGAUGCCAUCACACAAGUGUUCCCAUCCGAGGCCGAGGCUACCUGCAGUCCUGAGGUUGUUCUAGACUUUAUUCAGUGGCCUCAGGAAGAUGAUGGCCAGGAACCCAAAAAAAUCAAAGAGUUCCUAAUGCAAUUCAUCAGCACAAUCUCCCAGGACAAGCUUAAACAGCUCGUCAAGUUCUGGGUGGGCUGGGAGAUCCCAAUGACCGAAAUGAAGGUGGAGGUGGUGGAUAGCAACAAUUAUCCCAGGGCAUCCACGUGCUUCCGCACACUCCGUCUUCCAUCACACUACCAGACCUACGAUGACUUUAGGCAAAGUCUAGAAAUGUGCCUUGGCACCAGUGAGUUUGGAUUCGGGUUAAUUUAACGUCAGAAAUACUCAUUCAAGUGCUGUUGCACACAUGUUAAAAUGACUCACAUUUGCUGCGUUGAUUGUUUACUGUUAUAGUCAUUGUUAUAUUUCCAUUGUUAUAUUGUAAUACUACUGAUUCCUGCGCUGUUGUGCACCUUUUUCUGUAUUCCACCAAAUAUCCCUUUUUCUAAUGUGAAGUUUGUUUUAUUUUGCAUGGGUCAUGCGCCCUCAGCGCCUGAGAGGCCAAAAAAGGCUCAGAGCCUUUUUAGAACAUUAAUAAAUGUAAAUUCCCAUUGUCUCCUUCGCACAUUCUUACUGAGUCCAGGCCGGUUACAUACAGUAGUAGUGUAUAUAUAGCAAAGUUAUUUAUUUAUUGAUGCUUUAUAGUUUAUUUGAUGCUACUGCCGAAUGGUUAUUUUAAUUUGAAUAUAUUGUCCUAGAAACUGAUGACAAUAUCGAGUGUUGAAUAAUCUCAAUUACUUGUGGUGGUUGUAGGCUGUAUGUGUGCGACAGUGAGUGUGGUGGUGUUUAAAGGACGGGUGUGGAAGAGGCUAGGAGGUAAUCACAGUAUACGCACUACAAAAAACUAGACUUCACCACUGCAUUCUUGUCACACCAUUCCACAAACCUAUCAACAUUACUUUGAUCGAGUGUAGUCAGAAUACUUGAUUAUCCGUUCCUGAGGGUCAGUCGAUUUUUAACAUUUGGACCGUCAAUUUUUUUUUCCAUUCAAAUGAACAAGCAUCAACGGACGGAACUAAUGUAGGACACCUCGAAGGGAAUUAUCCCGCUUAUACCAUGGUCACUUGCCAAAGAAAAUAAAUUAAGACCAUUCAUUUAUAUUUUCAUGCGUUUUAAUCCAAAUAUAAGUUUGUGUGUGUGAUUCUCAGAUCACUCAUGAAAUUAGGGUACAUACAUAAUCUUAUAUAUACCCUAAGGUUUGCAUGUACUGCACUGCAGCCAUGUAUAUGUCCACCCCCAUGCAUGUGGACGGUGCCAGUGGGUCCACUGCUGCAUGAAGUCCCGCAAGUUCCUCAGGCCUGAGAGGGUAGUCACUCUCGGGCACAUGGACACCACAGUCGGGAUCCGGAAUGAGGCCACUGUCCUCCCAGUCAAUGUGAGGAAUGUGUAAAUCCUACAGGAAAAGUUGUACAUCAGCUAAAGUGAACCGAAACAAACUUGCUAGGGUUUAGAUUUAGCUCAGCUAGCAAGUAUGGUCGACACACCUUGAAAGCCGCCUGCAUGCGCCCAGAAUAUUAUAUUCAUUAUUAUAUGUUAGCCAUGCUAAUUAUUAAUGCAAUUAUUAUAAUAACUGUAAGAUAAUGUUGACAAAGAGCAUUUGACAGAUAUAUACCUCAUCAACUUGGUCUUCGGAGGAGUGGUAUUGGCCUAAGAACCACAGUUGAUUGGGAGUGCGAUUUCCCUCUGUUGACAGAGGGUGAUUGUCCCAGCCAUCCCUGAAUUCAUCCAGUCUGGCUUGCAAACGUGGAAUGAACACAUAGUGACAACAGAAGAGGUUGAGAUUGCUAGACAGAUCCAGCAGGCCAUCCUCCUCUGCCUGGUGCAGGGCAGUGUAGAAAAAGCAUGUCACUGCUGUGAAGACAUCCCGCCAGAGCCUUUCAAUUCUGUUUAAAGCACAUGAAGUCAAAGUCAGCUUAAGUUUUUAAUAACAGCAUCAUUUCCUAUUAUCACAGCAUAGUGAUAAAAGAGCAGUUG